GACCAGGUCAUUUCCAUGGCCCAGGGGUUUCUCUCUAAUCAUGUGCUGUUUUUCUGUUUUUUUCUUCCAGCUUUUGUGACCUUGCUGAAUGGUGAGCAGGCCCAAGAUGCUAUCCGGACAUUCCAUCAGAGUACAUUCAGGGGGAAGGAGCUCACUGUGCAGCUGCAACCGACAGAUUCACUGCUCUGUAUCACGAACCUGCCACACACUUUCACCCUGGCGCAGUUUGAGGAGCUGGUGCGCACGUACGGGAACAUAGAGAGGUGCUUCCUCGUGUACAGUGAGCACUCAGGCCAUUCCAAGGGCUACGGCUUUGUGGAGUACAUGAAAAAAGACUCUGCAUCCAAGGCCCGCUCAGAGUUACUGGGUAAGCAGCUGGGGGAGCAGAGCCUUAUGGUGCAGUGGACAGACGUCAACCAGCUGACUCCCGACCUCCUUCACUCCAAGUGCCUUUGCGUCGACAGGCUUCCAGCGGAUUUUAGUGACACAGAAGAGCUGGCAAAGAUCUUCUCCAGAAAGUAUAAGCCGGUGUUCUGCCAGCUGGCCCAGGAUGAAGGCAGCCAUGUUGGUGGUUUUGCCGUCCUUGAGUAUGAGAGUGCAGAGCAAGCAGAAGGAGUCCUGAAGGACAUGGACCGCCAAGUGAUCCGAGGAAAUGAAGUUCGGGUCUCGUUUUGUGCUCCUGGGACAUCGGGUAGAAGCACGCUGGCCGCGCUUAUUGCAGCUCAAGGAGUGAUGAGCAGCAACAAGAAGGGCCUCCUGCCAGAGCCCAGCAUGGCCCAAAUGUUGAACAGCAUGAACAAUCCCGCCGCGCUGCAAGUGCUCAUGCGCUCCUUCCAGGCGGCGGCGGCUGCCAAGCCCAGUGGUAUUGUCGGCCUACCCCAAGGUGUAUCACCAUUCCUGCGUGGUCUGCCACUGGCAGCUGCUCUUCUUCAGCUCGGAAACGCUCAGCAGAAUGCCUUGCUCGGUAACGGACUGCUCCUACAGAACAUUGUGCGGAUGCAGAUGGCUCAGCAGCAGCUCCUGCAGCUCAAAGAAAAGCAAGCAAACACGGCUCCCAGUCUGCUCGGAGACCCUUCCCGAGUGUUGCUACAAAAAGCGAUGGGAAUGCAGGGCCCAGCCCCCCUCAGUAUGGCUAAAGGACUUCUGGGAGACCCCCCGAACGGUCUGCCUCCAGAGCCCGUUCAGCUCCCCUCCCAAAGCCAUGCCACCUCAGCUGGCUUGAUGUCCUACGUGCCCAGCCGGCCGUCACUCGGACGCACAGGUGGCCCCGAGCAGAACGGAAUGUCGGAGAAGCAGUCCGGUGGGGGGGUCUCAGCAGCAGGGGCCCCCCUAGUGGUGAACAGUUAUCUUCAGGGGGUUUCCAAUCCUGUUGUGGGAUCCAUGCUUGCAGGCGUCCCAAAGGCAGCCAGUCUGGUGGACAAGACCACGUCCGGGCUGUCAUCCAGCAGCCACACAUCUUUACUCGGAGAGCCACCUAAAGACCUGAAGGUGCCAUCAAACCCGUACCUGAACAUGGCCAGCGUGCUGCCCAGCCUGGUUCUACAAGCAGCAGCUCCAUCUGGCACCAAAGCUCAAGCUCUUCAGCCCCAUGGCGGACUUUAUGGCUCCACGGUGAACCCCACAGCUCCUCAGACGCCCGCCUCCCAGUACACCAUGGAGGGCACAUCGGACUACUCUCACCAGUAUGGACAGUACUCACAGGAAGCACUGCAACAGUGGUACCAGCAUUACCAAGCGCAGGGGUAUGGUGGCAACAAUAGUUCAGAGGUCCCCACGUACUCCCAGCCGAGUUCCAGCACCUCUGACACUUUCUACAGCCAGACGGCCACAAGCACAGGCUACGGAGAUUACACGUCAUACAUGCAGGCUGUUUCACAGUAUUACUCUCAAGCAGGCCUACAGCCGGGGUACCAGCCCAGAGUGAGCGGCAGCAGUGGUGGCAGCAGUAAGGAUGAAGACCUCAUUAAAGCUCCUUUUAGCACCUCGGGCCACAGUGGCAGCACUAGAGGAGGCCAGCAGCCCACUGCCAUGCCAAGCUACAGCAGCGUCCCCGUCCUGUCCAGUUAUGUGAGCUCUGUGGCCGCUGGCCAGCCUGCCAGUUCUGGUUUAGACUGGAGCCAUUACUACUACACCCAGACCCGAGGACAGAAGCGUGACUUCUCCCAGCUACCGCCCCAGGCAGCGACUCCCGAUGAAGAACUUGUGGGCCUCAGGCCAGCCUACGUCGACUCGUACUUCAAGAAGAAGCGACUGUAGGGGGCACUGUGGCACCGUCCAGAGCCGCUGCCGUUUCCCGUGUGCUUCUGCUGCUGUCUCUGGUGUCUCGUCUAUGCCUUAAAUUAAACUAGGAACGGCUUUCACCUCGCACUUGAUGUUUAAAGGAAGACCAACUUUUUCAUAAGGAUGCUGCCAGCGACUUUUCGAUUUCCGUCAAUGAGGAGCGAGUGUGCACUGCCACUGCGGGUAAUCGACCGUUUCUAAUUGUGUUAAGGGACUUGGGACCAACUUUUAAAAUAAAUGACAUGAAAAGUGGA